CUUCAUUCCCCGGGAAGGACGAGCAAAGUUCGGCGAUGACGCCAAAAACUGGCAGGAAGAAGUUUACUCUCCGGUGAUCCUCGUUGACCUUUCAGCAGGAGGAACCACGUGGUGCUCUUUACGCGCAGCCGCUUUACGCACGACUUUAGGAUGAGCAGAGCUGGUGACGUCAUGGAGGGGGGCUACGCGGAGCCGCAGUCGUCCUACGGAGACUCGGCGGCGUCUUCUGGCGGCGACGUCUUCCCGGCCUGCAGCCUGCUGGACACUCCGCACCUGUUCGAGCGUGCGGGUGACGUCACGCCCUGGGAGCACCUGCCCAAAGUCCAGGGCACAGGUGCGUCCGCGCCGGACACUCUGGCUCAGGGCGGCGCGGGUUCGAGUCUGGUCGCGGCGUGCAAGUUCAUCAAGGACGAGGAGGAAAGUUCCGUCAUCAUGGAGGCUCCUUGUCCGGAAGUCCUGGACACCUGCCGGAAGCAGAGCCAGUUCGGCUUCGGUGAUCCGGAGUUCGCCCCGGUGUGCGCCAGACCCUCCCAGGGAAACCUGCACCUGGACGCACACCUGGCCGUGUACAAGGGCGACAUUCCCCGCUGGCAGGUACCCGUCAGUUCCGCUGAGGCGCACUUCUGGUGCCAGCCUGCGGAGGAACACUUCUCUCAGGGAGUCCACAGCCAGGUCCACAACCAGGUCCACAACCAGGGCCUCCACCACAGGACACAGACGCCUUUCAGCGCUUUUCAUGGAUUGCCCCCUCAGAGGUCAUGUGUGAUCUGUGGAGACGAAGCGUCAGGUUGUCACUACGGAGUUGUCACCUGCGGCAGCUGCAAGGUCUUCUUUAAACGAGCAGUUGAAGGACAUCACAGUUACUUGUGUGCAGGACGUAACGACUGCAUCGUGGACAAGAUCCGCAGGAAGAAUUGUCCUGCGUGUCGUCUGCGAAAGUGUUACCAGGCAGGAAUGAUGCUGGGAGGCAGGAAGCUGAAGCGCUUCGGGGCCUACAAGGCCUUGGGUCUGAGUCCGUCCAUGGUGUUCCAGUCCCACCUGGGCGACCCCCCCGGCCUGCCGCCCGUGGCAUGCGUGCACGACGUGCAGUACUCGCACCAGAUGGUGGGGAUCCUGGAGAACAUCGAGCCAGAGAUGGUCUACUCGGGCUAUGACAGCCUGCAGGCUGAAGGUCCUCACCUGCUGCUCAACAGCCUCAACCGCCUGUGUGAGAAGCAGCUGCUGUGGAUCGUCAAGUGGUCCAAGUCACUGCCAGGCUUCCGGAAUCUUCACAUCAACGACCAGAUGACACUCAUCCAGUACUCAUGGAUGAACCUGAUGGUCUUCUCCCUGGGGUGGCGCUCCUUCCAGAACGUCUCCCAGGAAUUCCUCUACUUUGCACCUGAUCUUGUUUUAAGCCAGGAGCAGAUGAGGAAGUCUCCUAUCUACGAGCUGUGCUUGGCCAUCCAGUUCAUCCCUCAAGAGUUUUCCAACCUGCAGGUGACACGUGACGAGUUCCUGUGCAUGAAAGCCAUCAUCCUGCUCAACACAGUGCCUCUGGAGGGCCUCAAGAGUCAGCCGGCGUUUGAGGAGAUGCGUCAGAAUUACAUCCGUGAGCUGAGCAAAGCAGUCCACGUGAAGGAGAAGAGCGUGGUUGCCAGCUCUCAGCGCUUCUACCACCUCACCAAGCUGAUGGACGCCAUGCACGAUAUAGUGAAAAAGGUCAACCUGUUCUGUCUGAGCACCUUCAUUCAGGCUGAUGCCAUGAAGGUGGAGUUCCCAGAGAUGAUGACUGAGGUGAUCGCCUCGCAGCUUCCGAAGGUGCUGGCAGGGAUGGUGCGCCCGCUGCUCUUCCACCCCAAGUGACCACGCCCUCUUUCAUCUUCCACCCCAUGUGACCAUACCCUCCUUACUAUUCCACCCCAAGUGACCAUACCCUCCUUACUGUUCCACCCCAAGUGACCAUACCCUCCUUACUAUUCCACCCCAAGUGACCAUACCCUCCUUACUGUUCCACCCCAAGUGACCAUACCCUCCUUACUGUUCCACCCCAAGUGACCAUACCCUCCUUACUAUUCCACCCCAAGUGACCAUACCCUCCUUACUAUUCCACCCCAAGUGACUAUACCCUCCUUACUAUUCCACCCCAAGUGACCAUACCCUCCUUACUGUUCCACCUCAUGUGACCAUACCCUCCUUCCUCUUACACCCUAAGUGACCACACCCCUCUUACUCCCCCCCAAGUGACAAUACCCUCCUUCCUCUUACCACCCCAAGUGACCAUACCCUCCUCACACCCCUCAAGUGACCAUCUCGUCCCUACUCUUCCCUUCCAAGUGACCAUACCCUCCUUCUUCUUCAAUGCCAAGUGACCAUACCCUCCGUACUCUUCUACUCCAAGUCACCAUACCCUCCUUACUCCCCCCAAGUGACCAGACCCUCCUUUCUCUUCCACCCCGAGUGACCAUACCCUCCUUACUCCUUUCAAGUGACCAUACCCUCCUUCCUCUUCCACCCCAAGUGACCACACCCUCCUUACUCAUCAAACAUGGUAUGGUGUCCAACAUGACGUCCAACAUGGUAUGGUGUCCAACAUGGCGUCCACAAGACAUCUAACGUGGUAUGGUGUUCCACAUUGCAUCCAACAUGGUAUACAACAUGGCGUCCACAAGACAUCCAACAUGGUAUGGUGUCCAUCAUGACGUCCAACAUGGUAUGGUGUACAACAUGGCAUCCAACAUGGUAUGGUGUCCAACAUGGGGUUCAACAUGACAAGAUGUCCAACAUGGUAUGGCGUACAACAUGGCGUCCACAAGAUUUCCAACGUGCCAUCCAGAAGACUUCCAACAUGGUAAAGUGUCCAACAUGGUGUCCACAAGACAUCCGACAUGGUAUGGCGUCCAACAUGGCUUCCAACAUGGCGUCCACAAGACAUCCAACAUGGUAUGGCGUCCUACACGAUGUCCAACAUGGCGUCCACAAGACACCCAACAUGGUAUGGUGUCUAACAUGGCGUCCACAAGACAUCCAACAUGGUAUGGCGUCCAACACGAUGUCCAACAUGGCGUCCACAAGACAUCCAACAUGGUGUUCAACAUGACAAGAUGUCCAAUUUGGUAUGGUGUACAACAUGACGUCCACAAGAUUUCCAACAUGGCGUCCACAACACUUCCAACAUGGUACAGUGUCCAACAUGGCGUCCACAAGACAUCCAACAUGGUAUGGUGUCCAACAUGGCGCCCACAAGACAUCCAACAUGGUAUGGCAUCCAACACGAUGUCCAACAUGGCGUCCACAAGAUAUCCAACAUGGUAUGGUGUCCAACAUGGCGCCCACAAGACAUCCAACAUGGUAUGGUGUCCACAAGACAUCCAACAUGGUAUGGCGUCCAACACGAUGUCCAACAUGGCGUCCACAAGACAUCCAACAUGGUAUGGUGUCCACAAGACAUCCAACAUGGUAUGGUGUCCAACAUGGUAUGGUGUCCAACAUGGCGUCCACAAGACAUCCAACAUGGUAUGGUGUCCAACAUGGCGUCCACAAGACAUCCAACAUGGUAUGGUGUCCAACAUGGCGUCCACAAGACAUCCAACAUGGUAUGGUGUCCAACAUGGCGUCCACAAGACAUCCAACAUGGUAUGGUGUCCAACAUGGCGCCCACAAGACAUCCAACAUGGUAUGGUGUCCACAAGACAUCCAACAUGGUAUGGUGUCCAACAUGGUAUGGUGUCCAACAUGGCGUCCACAAGACAUCCAACAUGGUAUGGUGUCCCACAUGGCAUUCAACAUGGUAUCCAACAUGGCGCCCACAACACAUCCAACAUGGUAUGGCGUCCAAACAGGUGUUCAACAUGACAAGAUGUCCAACAUGGUAUGGAGUACAACAUGCCGUCCACAAGACAUCCAACAUGGUAUGGUGUCCAACACGAUGUCCAACCUGGCGUCUGCAAGACAUCCAACAUGGUAUGGUGUCCAAUAUGACAAGAUGCCUAACAUGGUAUGGUGUCCAACAUGGCGUCCAACAUGGUAUGGUGUCCAACCUGGCGUCUGCAAGACAUUCAACAUAGUAUGGUGUCCAACAUGGCGUCUGCAAGACAUCCAACAUGGUAUGGUGUCCAAUAUGACAAGAUGCCCAACAUGGUAUGGUGUCCAACCUGCCGUCUGCAAGACAUCAAACAUAGUAUGGUGUCCAAGAUGGUGUCGGGUCCAACAUGGCGUCCAACAUUACAAGAUGUCCAACAUGGUAUGGUGUCCAACAUGGUAUUGGAUCCACCAUGGUGUCCAACAUGGCGUCUGCAAGACAUCCAACAUGGUAUGGUGUCCAAUAUGACAAGAUGCCCAACAUGGUAUGGUGUCCAACCUGCCGUCUGCAAGACAUCCAACAUAGUAUGGUGUCCAAGAUGGUGUCGGGUCCAACAUGGCGUCCAACAUUACAAGAUGUCCAACAUGGUAUGGUGUCCAACAUGGUAUUGGAUCCACCAUGGUGUCCAUCAUUACAAGAUGUCCAACAUUGUAUGGUGUCCAACAUGGUAUUGGGUCCAACAUGGCGUCCAUCAUUACAAGAUGUCCAACAUUGUAUGGUGUCCAACGUGGCAUACAACAUGGUAUUGGGUCCACCAUGGUGUCCAACAUGUUAUUGGGUCCAACAUGGCGUCCAUCAUUACAAGAUGUCCAACAUGGUAUGGUGUCCAACAUGGUAUUGGGUCCAACAUGGCGUCCAUCAUUACAAGAUGUCCAACAUUGUAUGGUGUCCAACGUGGCAUACAACAUGGUAUUGGGUCCACCAUGGUGUCCAACAUGGUAUUGGGUCCAACAUGGCGUCCAUCAUUACAAGAUGUCCAACAUUGUAUGGUGUCCAACAUGGCAUACAACAUGGUAUUGGGUCCACCAUGGUGUCCAACAUGACAAGGUGUCCAACAUGGCGUCCAACAUGACAAGGUGUCCAACAGGGUAUGGCGUCCAACACGAUGUCCAACUCUGUUUGUGAACGUAAACGAUGCAAACAUUUGAACUGUCGCUUAGAAAUUGCAGGGUUAGCAAGAAAUGAGUAGGAUUGGGUCCAAAAAUUGUCUGUUCCAGGGUCAAACUGCCACCAACAUAACAUAUUUGACUGUACAUGCAACGUUGGAUGUUACAUUUGGACAUUAAAGGGUAAAAAGAAGUAAGGCACGUUUUGGCAUGAACUUUCAUACAAGUGUAAAAAAGUUAACCUCUAUCCAGAGGAAAAUAACAGCCUUACUUUAUUGAUGGAACGUCUUGUUUCAAAGUGACUUACCUUACAAAUGUACCUUUCAACACUUGUAACUCUUACAAGUUGAAAAAGAAGUGAACCGCUAGCAAUAUUAAAAUUCUAUUAGAAAAUGA